AUGGACCUCACGCAAUCCUCACAAGCGGUUACAUCUUCUGUACCUAAAAGGGGGGACCAGAUAUUGCAAAAUGCCAUCAACUCAUUUCGGACCGUUCUCACACCCGAGCAGCUUGCCGAGUUCGACUGUAUCGAAUCUGUACCAGAAACAGAUGCGGUUCUCGUAUUCACGGCUGAAUUAGAUCUUCGACGACAAAACAAGAAAGGCAAAAGUAUCGCCAGCCGUCUAUUUCCCGUCCUUCAAGCAGUGCACAGCUUUACGUCUAUCAUCGAUACGUUCAUCUCAUCAAACCCUACCAUUGCAGCCCUUGUUUGGGGAAGUGUAAAAAUGACAAUGACAAUCAUGCUCAAUGCUGCGUCUUAUUAUGAAGCCUUUAUUGAGCUAUGUAUUGAGCUUGGCAGGAUUUGCCCCAGGUUUGAGCAAUAUCAGGCUCUGUUCCCCACCUCUAAACGCCUACAGGAAGCCUUGUGCACUUUUAACGCCUGCAUAAUCGAUUGCUGUAGGCGCGUCAUCGCAAUGCCGAAAAGCUCGAGUGGCUGGACCUCACCGCUCAAUCCACUCAAUCCGUCGUUCUGGCAGUCAUUUCAGCAGGUCUUUGAGUCUGAUCUACAGAAGCUCCGUGAUCAUAGUAAGAACGUCAACAAGGAGAUUAGGCUUGCAGCAGAUCAGUCACAGUAUCGGAACAACGAGCUCCAAAGGCUAGAGAAUGAACAAGCCGACCGGUCCAGGCGGUCGCUCAGUCGCUUCAUGUCCCGCACGCGUGAUAACUUUGACACAAUGCACAGGUUACAGAUCAUGAAAAAAGAGGAAUUAGAGAGACAAACCAAUCAAAAGCUUCUGGACUCUUUGUCUUCUUAUGACUACAUCAAACCUCUGAAACAAGCCCGCCAGAAGCGGUACCCCAAAUCAGCAGAAUGGAUCUUCAACACAGACGAGUUCAAACGCUGGGUCAAUGGGAAUACACCAAACUUGCUCUGGUGUUCUGGGAAAAUGGGAUCGGGAAAGUCAAUCAUCUCUGCAAGUGUAAUCGACUACUUUUUGACUCACCGAUCUAGCGCUCAAAGCUGUGUAACAUUCUUUUUCUCACGAUUUGACGACUCAGAGUCAAUGAGAGCUGAAACUAUUAUACGAGCUCUAGCUAGGCAGUUGAUCACCAUCCAGGAUGUUUUAGGUGAUACCAAGCAGGCUUUGGAGACCUUACGAAAAGCCCAGGAAGAUAUCUCAUCGGAACUUUCUCGGCUCUUGACCCGUCUACUAUUAAGAAAAGGUCCACCGUCGUGGAUUAUACUAGAUGGUAUAGAUGAGUGUCAAAAAGAAGAGCGCCAAAUAAUCAUCAAGGUGUUGAUAUCAAUGCUGAAUGAUGGUGCUAACGCCAGGUUGUUUAUCACCAGCCGGGAUCAUGCAACUUCUAUCUUUAAUGGAGUCUCUGCCAACCUAGAAGAAGUUUCUAUGAAUUGCUCUCUUGCCCGAGAUGGCAUGGCCCAACUAGUUGAUCAGGCUGUGCAAAAGUGUGUUGAUACUGAAGAGCUACUAGUUAGCGAUCAGACACUUAUAACCGAGAUUAAGAACACUCUCACACAGCACGCUGACGGCAUGAUUCUCUGGGUAACUCUGAUCCUUAGAUACCUCUGCAGCCAGCCAAGCAACGAAAGGAUCCGCGAAGGAAUCGCUUUGAAGAAUCUACCAAGAAACCUAACAGAUAUCUUUAACCGGGUUCUAGAUCGAAUUAUCUCCGAAGAGAAAGAUAAUAUCGUUCAAGCACUUCUUCCGUGGAUAGCGGCAGCGAAGCAGCCACUAACGCUAUCCCAACUCGAAGAGUGCUGUCUGAUCAGUCCACUUCAAGAGUACACUAUCCGAGAUCGAUAUGUGAAUGGAAUUCAUCUUAUCGACACUUGGUUCCAAAGUCUCGUUGAAGUUGACUAUGAGACAAAAACGGUUCAUUUUAUCCAUGCCUGCGUUCAACAAUUCUUUCUCACCACAUCAGAUAAUCCGGCCUUUUCGAACUUUCGUGUUCGAAUUCAAGAUGCUGACCGCCACAUGGGAGAAAUUUGCGUUACAUACUUGAACUUCAAUGAUUUCAAGACAACCUUAGCCCGAGUUCGUCCACCCCUGCCACCAAUAGGUCCUGGCGAGAUCUGCCAGAAGGCCCUCAGCAAUGAGUGGGGUUGGCCUAGAACACUGAGGCUUUCUCAGAGAAUUCGCGGUCACAAGCGACGGGCUGCUGAUAUUGAUCGAACUACUGCUUCGUGUACAAGAGUGCCUGAUGCAGGAGUUCAAGAAACGACAACCCUUGAUCAUCCAUUUCUUGCAUAUGCUUCGGACCAUUGGCUUUCACACUCGGUUAACUUCGACCAGGAGCAUUGUCAAACAUGGAGUCUAUGGAAGAAUAUGCUGAUGUGUGGGCAUGAACUCGCUGCAUCGCCAGUGUCUGAAAAACACCAUCAGACUAUAGAUAAAGCUCUUGUUCACUGGGCUAUUUGUAAACCGCACUCCGCACUUUUGCAUAUCGUCGCUGCUUCCACGGAGCUCAUUGAACAACAUCACCGGGCCCUGUUCGACUAUGUGUUAGAAGAGAGUGAUAUCAAGCUUCUGUAUCACAUGGUGAAUACUAACAAAUUGGGCCCGGCAUUCAAUUCACUGUGCUGUAGAGCGGCAGGAGAUGGCAGUCUUGAGAUUGUCAAAGCGCUAUUUGAAGCCGGCGUGAAUAUCAACAUGCCGGGGUUCGGAAAUUGGCUCCGUUCUCUCCCUCUCGGAGAGGCUGUUGCGCAAGGCCACAUCAAAGUGAUAGAAUAUCUUCUACGGCAGGGGGCAGACCCUGACUUGCUGAUUGGGGAUCGUCAGACUACUUCAUUGGAAUUAGCGGCAGAAUUAAGUGAGUUGAAAAGUCUCCAGACUUGCAAGUUACUUAUCGAUGCUGGGGUUAACUUGAAGAAUACUGAGGCACUGGUGAGGUCUUGUGAUCGUGGCCACAAGGAAACGAUAAAGCUCCUCCUUAGCGCGGGUGUUGAUGUCAACACCGCAUUUCCUGCGCGACGAUGGUAUCUCCGCUAUGACGGCGGUUCCUAUGUAUACGCAGAGAAAACGGCCCUACUAGAGGCUUUUUCUGCACUAAAACCAGAAUUCGAUAUUAUUCAGCUUCUAAUUGGAGCUGGAGCCAAGAUAAAUAUAGGAAGCCCACAGGAAGGUGGCUACAGACUCUUGCGAGAAGCGAUCAGAAGUCGCGACUGCAAUUUGGUGAAGAUACUCAUAAGAGAAGGCGCUAAUCCAAGUGGGAGGCCUGGUCUUUAUAUUGAUGAUACUCCAUUGGUAUUAGCAAUUGAUGAAGGCUUGUUUGAAAUCAUUCAUUUUUUGCUGGAUAGUGGUGCCAAGGUUGAAGGUUUCAGCUGCAUAGCUGAAAGAAUACCGGAUCGCUUCAAAAAUGGAAAAGACUAUGAAGAGCUAUCAAGCAGACUAAAACAAGCAGACCAAAAAUAG